GGCAAGACUCGCAGACGCAGCUCAUAUCUGUCGCUGGGUCUGCGGGACGGGGCGGUGCAGCUGACUGUGCGACGAGGCCGGCGCACCGCCCGUCUCACCGCUGGAUCCGGCCUGAACGACGGCAACUGGCAGAUGGCGACGCUGGUGCGGACCAGACGCAAGUACACGCUGCUGGUGGGCGGCGCGCCGCCGGCCAGCAGGCGCGGGCCGCGCUCGUUCCGUGCCGGCCGCGCCCUCUACGUGGGAGGCGUGCCGCGGGCCGGCAUCGAGCAGCGAGGCCGCGACGCCAACUCGCUCGUGCCCGGCCGCAAGAAGCUGGAGAUGCUGCAAACGGAGGGCUUCAAGGGCUGCAUGAAGCAGCUGAGCAUCAGCGGUCGGGACAUUGACCUGCCCUCCGGCCGCAACAUCAUCCAUCGGGUGGGCCAGUGCAUGGCCAGGGUCGAGAUGGGCACAUUCUUCGCCGGCGACGCUUUCGCCACAUACGCUGACGGCGUGGUGCUGGGCGACAAAUUCGACCUGCGGCUGGACUUCAGGACGGCCAAGCUGAACGGCGUGCUGGCCAGCCUGGCUGGAGCGCCGGGUGCUGCCGCCCUCUCGCUAGAGAUCGCUGACGGCGAGGUGGUAUUCUCCGUGGAUGACGGGAGUGGGGAGGCCCUGAGAGCCCGCCAGAAGUUCUCCACUAAGUACAUCUUGUGUGACAACCAGUGGCACUCAGCCAGGGCCACGUACACCGGGAACAAGGUCACGCUCCGGCUGGACCAGCUGCCGCAGCGGACUGUCUCCGCUCGUGGCGGCGCCGCACCGCCCUGGGCCGGCCUCUCAGGCGCCCUCUACGUCGGCGGACUGCCAGACGCGGCGCCGAACCCUACCCUGCUGCAGACGGACAACUUCAAGGGCUGCAUCCGCGACGUGGAGCUGAACGGCGUGCGCCGCCGCUGGAGCGACAUGGCGCAGUUGACCAACGUGCUGCUCAACUCGUGCCCCGUGCAGCGAUAGACUGGCCUCGGAGGUCACCCGGCCCGACCCGGCGGCGAGAGAGGCGACACGGGGCCGCUGCUGUUCGAGGGAGGACGGCAUCGCCCUGGGCGAGAGCUGGUGACCCAGCUGAGCGCAGCGGUCGGAGGAUUGCAGCCUUGCUUUGGGCGUAUUUAUACGGAUAUCCUGCUGGGUUUGUUUGGUUGGAGCCCGACAUGGACGUCCCGGGGUGGAACGCCAGCGAUCUGUAUGCGGCGCGUGGUCCAGUCUCCACUGUUUGCGUUUCUGCCGCCUUCUCGCGGCCACUGAGUGUUUGAAAGACUUGUAGCUGGAGAACUAACUGGUCUUGUCAUCCAUAAAAGCACGUUUAAAAAACGUUCUUAGGGUAUCUGACUAUGUGAUCCACAAAAAAUACGUUAAAAACGACAGUCAUGCGAUAUAAGUGACUUGAGAUAGGCUACUCAAAUUCGCUUAAAAUGUUUUCCCCUCCCCUCUAUAAUAUUGAAUGAGGCUUUAAGAGCGUUUAAAUAGCAUUGGCUGCUGUAACAAUAGGUAGGCAAGCGUUCAGAUUUUCCUGCCACUGUCACUUCGACGUUUUAUGACUGUUGACAUGCUUUGUUCCGACUUAUUGAUGACUAAACGGAUCAUAACAUCGUGGCGUUUGAUUGCGUCUUACCUUCCAUCAAGGCAGCGUGUUCUGGCGUACGGUCGCUGUCAGCGACAGGAGAAUACUUCCUUUUAAGCGGAUUCAUCCUUCGGCUACCGUUUUCAGGAGAAGCUCUUGCAAAAAAGGUUUUUGAUGAUUGAGCCCAUCCGCAACAUGUGUGCCGCGUGUUUUGUGUGUUCAGUUGGCUUUUGCUGGUCGUGUUAUGCUCGUAAGUAUUGUUUCCUGUCUUUUGUUUGUGUUUUGCUCUGUUUUCUCGUUAUUUUGUGCAUACCUCGUUGCUCUGCCCUCCCGUUCCUAUGGUAUCAUUGAAGUACAAACUGUUGCGAUGCACUGUAAUAUGCCGUUAGCCUGUAAUUGAAUCAUGUGUGUAAUAUUAACGGGCAACGUGGCCUUUCAUCUGUUUGCUUGAAUGUUCGCAAGGGCUUUUCAACAUCCCGAAUGCUCUUCCCUCAAUGUUUUGGACCAAAUACACUUCUUGAUCUAUC